AUGAAUCUACAGAACAACGUUUUAAAUCAGAUACACCAGAUUCUGCUGCCUACGAAUCCUACUCUCGAUAAACCUAAUGCUGAGGCUACAAAGGAAGAAUUUUCGUCUGCAGAAAAUAGAGAUGAAAAAGACUAUCUUACCAACCAGCAGCCGAAAAAUCUGAGUACUCCCUCCACCAGUUCCAACGGUGAAUUUAUACCGCAUAUUUUUUAUUCGCUGCACCAAAUAAGGAAGGAUCCAAACAAUCUCUCAAAUCAAUUGGAAACCUUAACAGGUUCGAUUAGACAUCGUUUGAAACUUUGUAAAUCUUUGAUAUCGGAAAACGAAGAUACCAAGGAUUUAUUAAGUAAAAGUCCAUCAGAAUGGCAGGAUAUCAUCCAUCAACGUGAACAAGAACUGCAAAUUAAGAGAGACGUCUUGGAUGAUCUUUAUCGCAAGUUACAACGAUAA